AUGAGGCUGUCCCUGUCUGUUCUGCUGGUCACUCUGGCCCUUUGCUGCUGUGAGGCCAGUGAGAUCGUUUGUCCAUUCCUUGCUAUUGAUAUGUCAUCCUUCCUAUUCACUAAUGACCCUCUGUACAAGCUACAAAUUGCGAAAUACCAGGCACCUCCAGAAGCUGUUGAAGCCAAGUUUGAAGUGAAGCAAUGCACGGAUGAGAUCUCCUUUGAGAACAGAGUGCUAAUUAAAAAGACAUUGGGGAAAAUACUGUUGAAGUGUGGUUUCGCAGAUUUCACAAAUUGA